CCGGACAUCGCAGAUAUGGCGGAGGCCAACGGCGAUGUCGACUUCACCAAGGAGUACAGCCUCCUUCCCCAACUCAUCGCCAACCUCGACCGACACCUCGUCUUCCCACUGCUCAAUUUCCUCGAGGAGGAAACGCCAGAGGAUGAGGAUACCACCGACAUCACCAAGCUCAAGUAUGCGCUGCUCAAAGAGACCAACAUGUGCGAUUACGUGGGCGACCUCGAAGCACAGCUGAAGGGCCUCCCUGAGCGCCCAGCAUCAUACACAAAGAAGCGGGAAGAAGUGCUAGCACGGAGGGCGAUAUUCGAGGAGGAAACCGAGAAGAUCUCAAAUCUGCUCACAGACCCCGACGUCAUCAACAAUCUACGAAGCGACAAGCAGAGCAACAUGAACUAUCUUAAGGAGAACCAUGGCGUGACUCAGCAGAUGGUUGACCAGCUCUACGACUUCGGCCAAUUCCAGUUUACUUGCGGCGAGUACGAGCCUGCUGCAGACUCGCUGUACCAGUUCCGCAUUCUGUCCACUGAUAACGACAAGGUGAAUGCGGCGACAUGGGGAAAGCUGGCAUGUGACAUCCUGAGCACCAACUGGGAAGCCGCGAUGGAGGAGGUCAUGAAGAUCAAGGAGAGCAUCGACACGCGCCUCUUCAACAAUGCACUAGCACAGCUCGAGCACCGAACGUGGCUGAUCCACUGGUCGCUGUUUCCAUUCUUCAACCACGACCCAGCCCGUGAGGCUUUGACCGAAUUAUUUUUCUCCCCAGCCUACAUCAACACAAUCCAGACGUCGUGCCCUUGGAUUCUGCGCUAUCUAUCAGCAGCAGUUGUCACGAACCGCAACCGCCCGGGAAGUAAAGGCAACUUCCUAUACGGCAACUACCAGAAGCAGCUCAAGGACCUCAUCCGAAUCGUGAGGCAAGAGCAAUACGAGUACAACGAUCCAGUCACAAGCUUUGUCAAGGCACUCUUCAUUGACUUCGACUUUGAGGAAGCGCAAAAGAGACUGAAUCAGGCCAAUCAAAUCCUCCGCGCUGACUUCUUCCUGCUUGCAACCGCUGACGCCUUCCUGGACGCCGCACGACACCUAAUCUCGGAAUCAUACUGCAAAAUUCACCAGAGAAUCGACAUCAAGGACCUCUCGACUCGCCUUGGUCUCUCGCAUGACGAGGGUGAGAAAUGGAUCGUUAACCUCAUCCGUGACACCCGCGUUGAUGCCAAGAUCGACUACAAGGCUGGCACUGUCAUCAUGAACCACCCACCAGUCAGCGUAUACCAGCAGGUGAUCGAGAGGACAAAGGGCGGGUUCUUCAGAACUCAGGUUCUGGCUGCUGCUGUUGCCUCUAAGUAGGACAAGAAUGUCUAGCCCGCGGCAGGGUGCACGGCAGCACAUGAUGCAUGGAAGCGAUGGAAAAGCGCAGGUGUUUGCGGUGAUGCAUACUAGAGCAUUGGCGUUCUGGGCGUAAAAACGUUGCACAAAGAGGAGCAACAAGGUUGUACGUUUCGGCCAUGUGCGAUGGACGAAGACGACUAAGAUCUCAGGUCGUGCAACUGUAUUCUAGGCACGGAGGCUCAGGUCGCACGACUCAAUUCUUUGAUGAGCUAGCACGAGAAUUCGAUGGCAUCAUGAAGGAUACUCUAUGAUCACGUCGAACACGACUGAGAAAUGACAAAUGGAAUGUACGUG